GCGGAAGUGUGAUGUGCCAUCACGCCGCACCUGUCUCCAGAAGUGCUGUACCUGUCCGCCUGUGCUGCUGGCCGUGGUGCUGAAACUGUGACGUACAGGACUGUCGUUCAUCACGCAUCCUCUCAUCUCUACUGCCAUUUUUUGUGCUACUUUUUAACUUGCUAAGCAAGGGGGGGUCUCCGCGUUAGCAGGAGGUGCAGACAAAGGAGAGAGAGGCAGUGGUAUUGACGGACUGCUCCUUACCCGGAGAUUUGGGGUCUUCUUUACAGACAAGAGGCUGCUACCUGAAAGGCGAUACCAUGUCUGACUUUGACAGCAAUCCGUUUGCAGACCCGGAUUUCAGCAAUCCCUUUCAGGAUCCCUCUGUGACCCAAGUGACCCGAUCUGCCCCUCCUGGGGGUCUGGAGGAGUACAACCCCUUCACAGACGCCAGAACGGCAGCACCUGGAAGCGGCCCCAAAUCUGCUCCAGCACCUUCCCAGAACACACAGCCUGCCAUAAUGAAGCCCACGGAAGAGCCGCCAGCUUACACACAGCAACAAACUCAGCGGCGUACUGAGGACCAGGCGCGUGCUCAAGCCGAGCUCCUGAGGAGGCAGGAGGAGUUGGAGAAGAAAGCCGCGGAGCUGGACCGUCGGGAGAGAGAGCUGCAGACACACGGAGCAGCAGGCCGCAAAAACAACUGGCCUCCACUUCCAGAGAAGUUUCCCGUUGGGCCAUGCUUCUAUCAUGAUAUAGCUGUGGACAUUCCCGUAGAAUUCCAGAAGACCGUAAAGAUUAUGUACAACCUUUGGAUGUUCCAUGCAGGCACACUUUUUGUGAACAUGUUUGGCUGCCUGGCGUGGUUUAUUGUAGAUGCGUCCCGUGGCGUAGAUUUUGGCUUGGCCAUGCUCUGGUUUCUGCUCUUUACUCCAUGUUCUUUCAUCUGCUGGUAUAGACCGCUCUAUGGUGCAUUCAGGAGUGACAGCUCAUUCCGCUUCUUUGUCUUCUUCUUCAUCUACAUCUGUCAGUUUGGAGUUCACGUCCUACAAGCAAUUGGCAUCACUGGCUGGGGAACAUGCGGCUGGAUCGCAGCUCUGACUGGUCUGAACACCAGCAUCCCAGUUGGCAUCAUCAUGUUGCUAAUUGCUGCUCUGUUCACUGCUCUGGCUGUGGGCUCACUCAUUAUGUUCAAAAAGGUGCACGCGUUGUACCGAACUACUGGUGCUAGUUUUGAGAAGGCGCAGCAGGAGUUUGCCACCGGCGUCAUGUCAAACAAGACGGUUCAGACUGCAGCAGCCAACGCUGCAGCCAAUGCUGCUACCAAUGCUGCUCGCGGGGCCUUCAAAGCUCAUCCUUAAAGACAGAGAUGGCAAACAUUCCCACACAGCUGCAACUGUAAACACACAUUUUGUCAUAAGGGAGGCACACAACUCUGGCUUAAAUAUUUUGAAUGUCAGAGGCUCACACUGUCCUUACUAACUGGUGAGUAACAGAGAUUGGCCAGAGUUGUUCAUCCUCUCUAACAUCAAACACCGGUUCAAAAGCUCCCAUCUCUUUUCCUCGCAUUGAUUAGGUAGCGAUGUGCUGUGAGCAUGUGGGGUUUUAUCUCUCACACUCUGACUUUCCGCUCCCUCUGACCUCUUGAGGUGAUCACAUCAGGCCUAGAUUGCAGCUCUUGGAUUCCCUGUUUUUGUCAUGACUUUCUGCCUGAAGAAUUCAGUGUAGCGUAGUGAAACAGUGAUAAUCCGAACAUGGUGGUUGGAACUUCGUUCCUCGUUUUCUAGCUGUCCACCACAGUGCGUGUGUGGGUUUCUGUGCAAAUGUUUCACUUAAGAAAAUCCCUACCUUUUUUUUUUUUUUUAGUUAUCCAGCACUUUGACGUUGAGAUCGGAAAGGUAAACCAUACCCUCUGUAGAUCUGUGUUUCUAUGACGAGACAAAUACCAUUCUCCCAAUAGUAACAGUUAUUUCAUAAAUAGGAAUCUGUUGCUGUUUCUCAGCAACACCUCUAACUUGAUCAGCUGUUCUUUAAUCUACGCUGGUCAGGCUCGCCCAGCAACUUCAGAUUGAAAGCAUGACAGCAUGUGCGGCCCACCUGAGCUUCAGUCAUUCAGUCCACUGCCUUUCUUCAGGCUACUCAAAGUGGCUUUUUGGGGGAAUGUCUGCCUAACUUUGUCCCUCCUUUUCCUGUUGGAGAUGACUGCAUGUUCUAACCGCUGUGAGAUGAAAGUUCAACUCUUGGUUUUAACAGCUUGACGUGUUUGACAUUAAAACUGACUGUAUUUUUAUUUCUAAUUGUGCACCCAUUAACCCUUCUACUCUUUUUGCGUUUUUUUCUCAUUCAUAUUUUGAAAAAAUGAAUGCUGCUAUAGAUUUUGAGCUUGUUGAUUGGCUCCUCCCGCCGUCACAUUUCCUGUUUGGAGUUUAUAAUAAUCUCACACGAAGAGGACUGAGCUGCCUUUUUUGACAGAUGACCUGAACAUUAACAGAGCUACAGUCAUGAUUACUCUGCGUCUACGGAGAGGUAAAAACACUAAUGCUGUGUAAAUGUACCACACACAAUUACUGUUUUGUAGCCAAAAUGAACAUUAAAAGAACCAAAUCCACAUCCAGUGAUAUCACUGUAACACUAACUGAUGUGCUGUUUCAACCAGAGGUGGCUGGUUUUUAAAAAAAAAAAAUUUUAUUUUACUUGAAUAGACUUAUAAUUUUAAACAGUAUGUCUAAUUCACUGCAGUGGGUUGUCAUAAAGUUUGGUUCUAUUUUCAUAUUUCGAACCAUUUAUUCUAAAGAUACAUCAUAAUGUCGAUACAAUAUCUAUGUCUAUAAUUGCAUAAGAAGGUAAAUAUUGUUAACAGUGUUUAUGCAGAAAUAUUAAACAUUUUCAGAAACAACAAACUUCCUGUCUGCAGUGGUAUUAGCAUCAAUCAACCUUUGUGCAUAAAAACAUUUAACGAAAAUUGAAAAAUGAGAAAGAAUUGAUGUUCUAUCUUCAAUAGAGAAAAUAGGUUUAAAUUUUCCAAAAUGUCUGCAACUUGCAAAAUAUUAACUAGUAUACAUCAGUAUUUAUUCUAGACAUCAGUCAAAGGCUUGUUGAUAGUAAAAAAAAAGAUCAAUUCUCUUUUACACUGUCACCAUGUCUAGAAAUACCAGUUUGUUUUUUGCAGAUUCCAUAAGAUUUAGUUCUAAUGAUAAAACUGUUAUUCAAUUAUUUUGUUUUUGCCAUUCAUUUUUAACUCUCGAGUAAAAUAUUUGAAUGAGUAUGUUGUACUUCUACUUAUUUUUUAAGUAAAGCUACUCCCAAAUACAAUUUUGGCCAUCCGACCCGCCUCUGGUUACAACAGUGUAACAAACUGUACAGACUACCGUCACUUAAGGCGGCUUUGAUAGUGUCAUUUAAUGUACACCUAACAGGUGUGGCUGUUUAUCUGUGAAAUGAUCCCUAAAGUGAUGGGAAAAUGAGGGUUGGCUUUUAUUUUGAAAAGUGCAGCACACAUUUGUGCUUCUAGUGCAAGUGUGAAACGUGUUUUGUUUUACUGUUAUUUAUGGUCUUAUUUAAGUUGUUGCAUUUCAGUUUUCUUUGGUUGUUAAACAUUAUUGGGUUUUGUAACGACAUGGUCAUAGCAUCAGCUUGGCUGCAAACAGACUUUGUCCCGCAAAAAGUGUGCUUGUUGUAUGCGAAUGUUUGAACACAAAAUGUCUGAAAGAAUAAGUUCCCUAAAGUGUUAUUCUAUAUCCUGAAAAGCUGUGAGAAAUCUACCAAAUGUCCAUAUGGAUUUUUUUUCAAAUCUUCCUUUGUGAUGUGUUCCCCUCCGUUUUACUGCUUUAGGCUAGUGAAAAACUUAAAUUCACCUACAAGAUCACCUUGUAUUUGUUCUUAAAAUGAUUGUUAUCCCAAGCCAUGUCACGGUGGGUAUUUCUCUUCAUGUAUGUGGCAAAGUGGUCUGCAGUACAGGAUGUGUUUGGAGGUUUGCUGACAUCAAACUCAGUUUUCAACUUGGGACGAUAUUACUUCACUGAACCAGAGAAAAACCUCAUCCGUUAGGGACACCUGUAUAUUUUGUAUAGUUUGAUUCCUGAUAUCAGUCACAUGUAAAAAGAAAAUAAUCCUCCUUGUCUGGCCUUUGUUGCAUGUGAAAUAGUUUCAGUUUUGUAUAUUUAUGGUAUUAACAUGAAAUAAAAUUUCAAUGAAAUAUUUGCAGACCUUA